AUGGUCCUGAUACAAGUUUUCCAGAGUCUUCCCACCUUGUAUGAUGGAAGCUGGCUGAGAUUAUUAAGGGAAGGAGAUAACUGUGGAAAAUGUGAUUUAGAACUUUGUUCUCAGCCUGAAAACUGCCUGGCUGGGACUGUGUUAGACCGUUGUGGCUGCUGCUCUGAAUGCGGGAAUAGAGAAGGGCAGAUCUGUGACUUGGACGGCAGCAAUCAUUUCUAUGGACAGUGUGGACAAAACCUGGAGUGCAUUUUAGAUACUGAGGUGAUGGAGUAUGGGGAAGUUCCUGAACCACAGUGUGUUUGUGGAUCCCAGGAAAGUGUCUGUGGACCUGAGGGGAAGACCUAUGAGAAUAUUUGCCAGUUCAAUGAGAUUUAUUCUCAGAAGAAAACAAAUGUUAGCAUAAAACACAAAGGACCAUGUGAAUCAGCUCCUGUUAUUUCUUUGGCACCUCAAAAUACUGAGAACUUUAUGGGAAAUGACAUCAUUUUUAGAUGUGAAGUUUCAGCCUAUCCAAUACCAUACCUGGAAUGGAAGAAAAAAGGAGAAAAAAUUUUCCUUCCUGGUGAUGAUGCACACAUUUCAAUUCAGGUGAGAGGUGGACCUCAGAAAUAUGGUGUGACAGGAUGGCUCCAAAUUCAAGGGAUCAGGAAAUCAGAUGAAGGUGUUUAUAUCUGCCAUACCAGAAACAAAUAUGGCACAGCUUAUGCAUCUGCCAGACUAAAAGUUAUCAAUCCUGCAGAGCCCUCUCUGCACCUUGCCAAGACGGAUCUGGACAGAAUCCUAGGUCUUGGCUGUCCUUAG